AUGAAAAAACGAAAAAAUUAUUCAAAAAUGGAGCGUAACACACUAAUUCGCGGAUUACAAACUAUUUUCGCUACUCUUUGCUUUUAUAUUGCCGGUGUCAUCAACUGUAUUUCAUUUGCGACAAAACGACAAUUUCGAAACUUCAGAAAAAGGCAAGUCGUGCGCUAUCAACGCAUCCCGUUAUCACCACUAACAGCACAUCGUUUGAGUGUUAUUCGGCGAAAAAUUUUCGUACUUGAUUUAGACGAAACACUAAUUCACUCUCAUCAUGAUGGCAUAUUUCGUCCAAUGGUUAAACCAGGGACCCCACCGGAUUUCAUUCUUCGGGUCAAUAUUGAUCGCCAUCCGGUGCGUUUUUUUGUUCAUUGUCGACCACAUGUUGAAUAUUUUCUUUCAAUGGUGAGUGAAUGGUUCGAUCUCGUUAUUUUCACUGCAUCUAUGGAAAUUUACGGUAGUUCAGUUGCAGAUAAAUUAGAUAAUGGUAAAGGUAUAUUGCAGCGGAGAUAUUUCAGGCAACAUUGCACUGUUGAUUAUGGUGGAUACACAAAAGAUCUCUCAGCUGUGCAUGCUGAUCUUUCUUCAAUUUUUAUUUUAGAUAAUUCACCAGGCGCUUAUCGGAAAUUUCCACAAAAUGCUAUUCCCAUCCGUUCUUGGUUCUCUGAUCCUACGGAUACUUGUUUACUUUCUUUGUUACCUUUUUUGGACGCUUUGCGAUUUACUUCUGACGUACGAUCAAUAUUAAGCAGAAACCAGCAACUGCAACAAGUUUGGUAA